ACAAAUCAGAUGAGCUUCCUUUAUUUGCUCUGUAGCUCAGUGUGCUCCUAACCAGCAAGUAUGUCUUUUCUGGACACUCUGCGUCAGUGGGACGAGGCUAUAACCUGCGCCGACAGAGAGGAUCUGUCAGAGGCACUCAGGAUUUUCUUGUCCAUCCAAGAAAAAAACUCCAAAAUCUGUUUUGACAUUGGCUGUCUCCAUCUUCUUAACCAAGACUUUGAUGCAGCUGAAAAGGCGUUUGAUUGCAGCAUACAGAAGGACGAACAUUUGGCCAUCGCCUUCUUUCAAAGAGGAAUCACCUUCUACAGAAAGCAGAGGUAUGAGGAGAGUUUAGCUGAUUUCCAGAGAGCCUUCAAAGCACUAAGGGGCAACCAUCUGAUAGAUUACAAAGCGCUUGGUCUCAGAUACAUAUUAUAUGCAUGUGAGGUUCUCCACAACAUGGCCCUGGUUGAGGCUCAGCUGGGCAACUGGGACAAGGCUCAGGAACACCUCGCGAAGGCUCUCGACUACAAGACAGAGGCCAAACUCAACAUCAUCGACAAAGCUCUGCAGUCAACCCUGAAACAGAAGCUUUUCAAACCAGUCCAGUUCCCAACAAAAGUGCUGUUUAAGCCAAACAAGAACUACGUUGCUGAGCUGGAGAAGAAGGACUACCUGGGAAAAGCAAAGGUCGUCGCCUCCGUUGUGCCGCAAGAUGCGUUCUCUGGAUUCGCCCCAUUGCAGCCACAGGUUGAAGACGGUCCAGCUCGUCCAAAAGAACCCGAGGUUCUGAGGGCGUUGCAAGGAGAACCCCACACGGUGCUGUUUGAAUUUGUUCCUGAGACCAGCGACGAGUUGGCCGUAGUGCCGGGAAACAUAGUGUUUGUGCUGCAGAAGGGUGCCGACAACUGGGCCUCUGUGGUCUUCAACGAAAGGAGGGGACUUGUUCCUUACAAUUACCUGGAACCUUUGGAAAUCUCCUUGGCUUCAAAACAAAACAAGAGAGUACCUGCACCUCCGAGCCGAGAAGCACCAACCAGACCAGCGAGGAAUCCAGCUCCCAGUGAUAGCAACAGGGGGAACACUCAGCGUCAGGAUUCACAAACUACCGACAAUUCGUACAUUGUCAAAGUCCAUUACACGUUCAACUUUGCUGUGUCGGUACCUCGUGGGUCUCCCUAUGCGACGCUGAUCGAGAAAAUCAGCAAAAGGCUGAGUCUCCCUGCUGCUGUGAUCACUUUGAGUUUGACCUCUGAGGUGAGCGAGCAAAGCGUGAUCAACGCCGACACGGACAUGGAAAGUGUGUGGAGCCAGGCCAGCGGAGGACGCAUCACCUUAUGGUGUAAGACGAAGGAGCAAACUGAUGGAACGCUGCAGAAGGAGAUUGUCUUGCUGGCACUUCACACGUACGAGUCGUCAAACCCAGAGGAUCUCAGUUUUAACGAAGGGGACGAGAUCACACUGCUCUCUAGAGUUAACCAGGAUUGGAUGGAAGGGCAUUGUAAUGGGAACACUGGUAUAUUUCCAGCAUCCUUUGUGAAAGAAGUAAUUUAUCUGAACAUCAGUGAGUGAUCCCUGUCAUACUGCUCAGUGGCCAAAGCUAAGAACUGGUCAGGCACCGCCUGCGAAAACCCAGAUUUUUCCUUCUUUAUUUAUUAUUUGUAUUAAAAUAAAUCCCUUUUCCACAAAGUUCUUUAUAUCAUUUUAACAGGCUGUAGUCGCUGAAAUCAAAGGUUAA